AUGGCCUGUGUUGCGCUCAAGAGAUCGGCCGCAUUUGAAAUCAUCGGCCCAUCCUCACCGAAAAGGCAUAGAUGUUCCUCAAGUCUUCCUUGUAACUGCCAGCUUCCUGCGCAAGAGUCAGCCUUUACACCUUCCACGAAGAUAUCGAAGUGUAAGUUCGAUUUCUCGCCCGGUAAUGCCUUGGAGUUCUUUGUUAAUCACAUCGUACUUUUGUCUCCAGCUCAGAUACAUCGACGCAUCCGCGAAGAGGUACUUCGACUUCAGCGCCGCCGAGUCAUUCCAAAAUUCCCGAUACAUUGUCUUCCAACAAAUAUCGAAGCGCCGGAUGUGUAUAAUGAUAGACCAAGCUCUCCUGAAGAAUCAUCACCUCCGGCAUGCUCUCAGGUGAUUAGUAGUAUGCGUCACAUGGCGAUUCGUUCGCCCAAAGCCGACUCGGAAGCUUCCUCGGACUCCGAUGAGGGCUGCGAGGCGUCCACUUCACCUCCUCAGUCCCGCCCCGCCUCGUCGGUGGCAGCCCUCGCUCAAGCCUCAUCAAAAAUCGCUUCAUCAGUUGCUUCCGGUGCCACCCAUGCUUCCCACGACACAGUACCGCUUUUCACGCUGUGCCAAGUAACUGCGUUGUGUGAUCGCCUCAUUCGUGAGAGAGAAGACCAGCUCAGGGAGGAGUACGACAACAUCCUCUCUUGUAAACUUGCGGAACAGUACGAGGCCUUACUGAAAUUUAAUCAAGAUCAGCUGAGCCAUCGAUUCAAGGAUACCCCUAUGAGCUACGUGUCCUAA